AUGAAGACGGAAGAGGCUCCGUCCUGCUUGCAGCAGGCAACGCCGGUGCUGGGAUUCGGUUCAGACUCCAAGAUGCGGGAGGUGUGCGCUGGCUGCGAGACCCCUAUCUCCGACCGGUUCCUCCUGCGAGUCAACGACCGCUCUUGGCAUGAAGGUUGUGUGAAGUGCACCGUCUGCCUCCAGCUUCUCUCUGGGACCUGUUACUGUCGCAACCGGCAGCUCUACUGCAAACACGACUACGAGAAGCUGUUCCAGACCAAGUGCAGCAGCUGCUUGAAGGCUAUCGCCCCAUCUGAGCUCAUCAUGCGGGUGCUGGAGAACGUCUACCACGUUCACUGCUUCUACUGCUGCGAGUGUGAGCGGCGCCUGCAGCGGGGAGAUGAGUUUGUGCUCAAGGAGGGGCAGCUGCUGUGCCGCAGCGACUAUGAGAAGGAGAAGGAGAUGCUAAGUGCCAUCAGCCCUGCGCCCACUGAGUCUGUGAAAAGUGAGGAUGAGGAUGGCAGCCACUCGCACGGCAAAGGCAGCGAGGACAGCAAAGACCACAAGCGCUCCAAGCGCCCACGCACCAUCCUGACCACGCAGCAGCGUCGGGCGUUCAAGGCCUCCUUCGAGGUGUCCUCAAAACCUUGCAGAAAGGUAAGAGAGACCCUGGCAGCUGAGACGGGCUUGACGGUGCGGGUGGUACAGGUCUGGUUCCAGAACCAAAGAGCCAAGAUGAAGAAGAUCGCUCGUAGGCAACAGCAACAGCAGCAGCAACAGCAGGAGCAGGACCAGCUGGGCAACCCUCGCUUGGGGAGCGGGAGAGGGACCGGGCGCAACAGCAGGCAGAGCAACGAUGAUAGCGAAGACGGUGCCAGCGUUCAUGGCCUGGAUGGGCUCAUGGUUCCCUACCCCAGGAUCCCCCAGCAGCAGCUGCUGCCCCUGGAUCAGAACGGCUACAGCACGGACUUGUACAGACAAGGGCUGACGCCGCCCCAGCUGCCUGGAGACCAUCUGCAUCCCUAUGAUUCCGAAGGAGUUUUUCACGACAUGGACAGUGACAGCAUCAGCCACCUGGGAGACUGCCUGCUGUCAACGGCUGAAGCCAACCUCCUCCAAGCCCGCGUGGGCAACCCCAUUGACCGACUCUACUCCAUGCAGAGCUCCUACUUCACCUCCUGACCAUAGCAAAGCUCCCAGCUCUUCACGAGCAUCUUGGAUGGAUACCGCUUCGAAGUCAGAAUGAGGGUGAGGGAGAAAAAACAAAGCCUGAGACCUUCAGAGACGUUCCUCGAGCGCUGCACAAUGGAGGAGGCAACUAACCUAUGGAGCAUUAACCCAUGGAGACCUUUCCCAGCCCGAAGGACUUUGGAUUGCCUCUCUCCUUUUUUCUAGUCACCAGUAGAGCGAUCGUAUGAUGUUGUUUAGCUGUAACUUUAGCAGUUUGUCCAGUGUUUAAGCUUUUGAGCAUUAUGUCCCGCAAAACAAAGACUGGCCAAGUUAAGCAGAGCCACCCCUGGAAGCAGGAGGUGCCCUUCCCACAAGAACUCUGUUUAUUUAAGUUCUGGUCGCAGCCACGCCACUCGCUGGGCUGGUUUUGCCUCAUUUCCCACUCCCAAUACAGGCUUCAUGGGACAAGGUUAACAUUCAACAGUGAAAUCCAAGCUCAUGAGGCAUCUCAGGAUGCUACUUUGGAGAUUCUCUAUGUGGUUGUGGAUCAGUUGGACCAGGAUAGGUUUUUUAACAUUUGAUGUUUCAGAAGUGCCCAUCAGUUUGGUCCUUAGUUGAAACGGCCACACUCAUGUAUCUGCUUCAAGAAACCACGGAACACAUUCCCUGUCACGUUGAGGGAAGCGCAACGCACCCAGUGACUUCUCCACCACCUUUAUGCCUGUCGCUCUGGAAAAGGUCAGUUUUACUCCCUGUACAGACACAAUAAAGACGUGUUCUCACAAAAUCAUGGAAUCAUUUGGUUGGAAAAGACCUUUGAGAUCAUCGAGCCCAACUGUACCUGCCCACUACUAAACCAUCUCUCCGAGCACCUAAUCUGCUUUUAGAUACCUCCGUGGAUUGGGACUCAAUCCCUUCUCUGUGCCGGCCACACUAAUUCCUCUUUGUUUCUUCUUUAGAGCAGCAAAGUGAAAUGCUUUGACUCUAAACACGUUCCUGCUAGAAAGCCCUUUUUCGGUAGCUCCAUCCGCAGGAUUUCCCACCUGACUACGUCCUCCCAGCACCUCACUUCCCACCAAGUGAGGAGAGAAAGGAACCGGAUUGCAAUCACAACGCAUCCCUGCUGAGUCACUUAACUCCAUUUGGGUUUUGAGAGCAACCCAGGACUCAGCCAAGGGAAAAGCACAUCCCUGCCACAGACAGAAAGGAAUAAUCCAAGUUCUCCACCCAUCCUCCUGCCAUGAGGCAGUGAGUUACGAGAAGCAGUUGGGCACCUACACAAGAGGCAAGAAAGAGAGGAGAGAACAGAAAUCUGGGUUCUUACCAAAGGGAAACGUUAUUCUCCUGCCUAGGACCCAGCUCCGUGGUUUGGUUCUUCAUAAAAGCGAUGGAGACCAUGGAAAGGUCCAUUUUUCCCUGCUAACGGCCGAAGGAACGUGGUCCUCCAGAACCGACCUGCUCACGUCUGGCUGAACUGAACAACGGGAAGACAACUCUGCAAUGGAAAUAACGACUGCUUUUUAAACCUCAGAGCUCUGGGAGUCCCAGGACCAGGCUGAUUGGUGUCUCUGUAGACGGUGUUUCACUUCUAAGCCUCUUUAGGCUUGUCAGUCAGAUUUGAAAGGCGUGUAGACUCCCAAAAAAGAAAGAAAAAAGUUUAUUUUUGUUGUUCGCAGUUCCCUGGAACCACACAAUCCUGGAUUUGGAGAGGAAAGGAGAUGCAGUCCUAAUCCGUUUUGCUUUUUAUCAGGACUUUUUCACCUUCUUGACUACUUCUAGAGAAUGAGGAACGCCGGGCGACAGAACCACAGCCUGUUUAAAGUUCACUCCACACUUCUUCACCUUCAAUAAAGCUGUGUGAAGGCGACCUGUGCUGAUGUGCAGUCACUUCUCCCGGUGUCCUCAGUGCCAGCUUCUGGAGCUGGACUUCCCUUUGCUCUCCGAUGAUGACGGUAGCCACACACAGAGUUUACAGACACUUUGACCUUUCUUUUGAAGAGGGAAGGGGAAGCCUUUUGCAGGAACAGCUCUUUAUGACGUGUGCGCCCAGGUAGAUAAGUCCUAGACUGAGGUGCUGCAGCUGGUUGAUUCCACCUUGGUGGGACAGUCACCCAAACCACAACAGAUCAACUCCUCGAGCUCUUGCACUAGAGACGGGCUCGGUUUAGAUUAAGUUUUAAGACAAUGUGACGAUGAACUCUGUGCAAAUUGAUGUUUCUCCCGACUCUCGGAGCCAGCUUCCCGCACUGAACCCCCUUCCUUUCCUUCCUCGUGACCCCGU